AUUGAGGGGCUCAGUUUUAUCUAGGGUCUGGUGAUUCUACAUAUUCUUGUUCUGUGACAAAGGAGAAAUGAAUAAAUAGUGUCAACUGUCAUUUGGCUAUUUCUGUUCUGUGAGCUUUGUGUUUUGUGCAUAGUGUACUGCUUACUGCAUUCUUUGGGCUACGGGUACCGGCAUUUUUUGUUCAUUUUGUGCCAGCUUGCUGUAUAAAAAUAUCCUAAUAUAAUUUGUUAGAGGCUCUUGGGCCCCAAUCAGUGCAUAUAUCAUCUUCUAUCAAUUCACUGUUGUUAUUCCAAUUGCUCAAAAUGCCGAAAAACAAGAAAGAAGAGUCAGAUUCUGGUUCAGAGUCUGAGCAGGAAAUGAAGAACAAGAAAUCCAAAAAGGACCAUAAGAAAAAGAAUUCUGAUACAUCAGAUUCUGAUUCUGGCCCUGAAGACAAAACCCCUGCAAAGAAAUCUAAACCAGAAGUGAAGAAGGCUAAAUCUAAAGACAGUAGCGAAGAGAACCAGUGGAGUUUAGGCAAAAAUCGUUUUGUAAAGCUGACUGAAUUCAAGAAUAAUUGGUAUUUGGAUGUUCGUGAGUUUUACAAUGCUGAUGGGGACUUGAAACCAUCCAAAAAAGGCAUUAUGCUUACCAUGGAGCAAUGGCAGAAACUCAAGAAUCAUAUGGAGGAUAUUGAUAAGGCUAUUAGGCAGAAUGUUUAAGUACUUAUUUUAGGCCAGCAACAUUGAUAUUUUACCAAAUUUCAAUAUAAAUUGUUGUUUAUCAGUUAUGUUCCUUUUCAUAGGUUUUUGUACUUUAGGAUAGGGUUUUAAGUUGUAAUGUAUUUUAAACAUUUAAUGCUUAUUUGAGAGGAAAGGUGUAUUGUUUGAUACAACUUUGUGUUCUAAUUUGAGACACAUUUAAUGUUCAGUACUACUUGAGCUGUAAUGCAUUCUAAAAUAUGAAUGUUUGUUUAUAUUUUGGUGAAUAAAAUGAUUUCAAUCUGCAACUCCUUUAUUGAAAU